UUAGUCAUUCAUUCAUUGAAUCAAUCCAAUCCACAGAGGAGAGAAGGAGCUUACCAAUUUUCUGCAAUGCCAAAUCCUAAGGUCUUCUUCGACAUGACCGUCGGCGGCGCUCCAGCUGGCCGGAUCGUGAUGGAGCUAUUCGCGGAUACUACGCCGCGAACAGCUGAGAAUUUCAGGGCUCUCUGCACGGGAGAGAAAGGGAUUGGUCGCAGCCGCAAGCCUUUGCACUACAAAGGAUCGAGUUUCCACCGAGUGAUCCCUGGAUUCAUGUGUCAGGGAGGCGAUUUCACAGCCGGGAACGGAACUGGAGGAGAAUCCAUCUACGGAUCUAAGUUCGCGGAUGAGAAUUUCAUAAAGAAGCACACAGGACCAGGGAUCUUGUCGAUGGCUAAUGCAGGACCUGGGACGAAUGGGUCGCAGUUUUUCGUAUGUACGGCGAAGACAGAGUGGCUGGAUGGGAAGCAUGUGGUGUUUGGGAAAGUUGUUGAGGGGAUGGAUGUGGUGAAGGCGAUUGAGAAGGUUGGAUCCUCCUCUGGAAGGACCUCGAAGGCCGUCGUGAUUGCUGAUUGCGGGCAGCUUGCUUGAAUCAAGCUCUCGUCUUCUGUUGACCUUGCGCUUAUCCUCUGUGCUAUCACUAUUUCAGUAUUAUCCUUGCUUCUGUACUGUACUGUAGUGUUGUUAUAUCGGACAACAAUCCAAAUAAUAGUGUGCAUACUGAUACAUGCCAGAAAAUAAUUAAUAAAUAAAUAAACAAUGAAAUUGUUAUUAUA